CUUGUCGUUUCGAGCGGAGUACACUUCCUAUCAGCGUGAACAAAUAAAUAAUCAACCGUUUGGAGAUAAACCACUUUAAGACCGUGACUGAAGGAUAAUGUGGCUCAUACUUGGCUCCCUGCUGGUGAUUCUUCUGGCAGCAUCGGUCAGUGCUCAAAAUGCCACCGUAGGACCGCGAGUUCUGUGCUACUACGAUGGUUCCGCUGCAUUGCGUGAAGGUCUUGGCAAAGUGAUUGUAUCGGAUAUCGAGCUUGCACUGCCGUUUUGCACUCAUCUCAUCUAUGGAUUCGCUGGAUUGAAUCCAGAGAAUAGUAAAAUCCGUGCUUUGGACGCAACGCUGGAUUUAGAUUCAGGCAAGGGUCAGUAUCGGCAGGUCACGUCUCUGAAGCAACGCUACCCUGGUUUGAAGGUACUACUGAGCGUUGGAGGCUAUAAAGACCUCAGUGAAGAUAAACCUUACGAGAAGUAUCUGGCACUGCUGGAAAGCGGCGGAAGUCGUACGGCAUUUGUCAACUCUGCCUACUCACUGCUGAAGACAUACAGUUUUGAUGGAUUGGACUUGGCUUGGCAAUUCCCACAGAGCAAACCGAAACGAAUCCGGGGCUGGACCGGAAAACUGUGGCAUGGAUUCAAGAAACUCUUCACCGGUGAUAGCGUACUGGACCCGAAGGCUGACGAACAUCGGGAAGAGUUUUCCGCUUUGGUUCGGGAUUUGAAGAAUGCUUUUAAACACGACAAUUUUCAACUGGGAUUGACAGUACUUCCUCAUGUUAACGAAAGUAUCUUUAUGGAUGUGCUGUUGUUGAAGGAUAAUCUGGAAUACGUGCAUUUGGCUACGUUUGACCAACAGACUCCGGAGAGAAAUCCCAAGGAGGGAGACUUCACAGCUCCGAUCUACGAACCAACCGAACGCGUUGUUGGAAAUAAUGUGGAUGCGAAAGUAACCUACUGGUUGAAUAAUGGAGCACCCUCCAACAAACUCGUCGUCGGUAUUCCAUCCUACGGUCGCGGUUGGAAGCUGACGGAAGAAUCCGGAAUUACGGGCGUACCUCCACUUCCUGCGGAUGGACCUGCCGCUCCGGGACCGCAAAGUGGAAUACCUGGACUGUACAGCUGGGCGGAAGUGUGCGCUAAGCUACCGAAUCCGGGCAAUGCUAAUCUGAAAGGUGCUGAUUUUCCACUACGAAAGAUUGGUGAUCCCACGAGAAGGUUUGGAGUGUACGCGUACCGCGUUCCGGACGAAAAUGAAGAACAUGGACUGUGGAUUUCAUACGAAGAUCCAGACACGGCCGGAAACAAGGCUGCCUAUGUGAAAGCGAAGGGAUUAGGUGGAAUUUCUAUCUUCGACUUGGGUUACGACGAUUUCAAGGGAAGUUGCGCUGGCGACAAGUUCCCCAUCCUGAGAGCUGCCAAGUAUCGGUUGUAAAAUGUUCAGGUAACUGGGAGUUUCGAUUCCAAUAAAGUCGAAUGGAAAAGAAAUACUGUACAUUGUUCUACUCUUUAAAUACGAAACUACGUCGCUAAUUAAAUAUUCAUCAAUCCCUAUUA